AUGGGGGCUGGGCGUGAGGUCCAAAGCUCACUGGACGGGCUGAGGGACAAGAACGUGAUGCAGCUGAAGAAGCUCAACACUGCUCUCUUCCCAGUUCGCUACAACGACAAGUACUACGCCGAUGCCCUCGCUUCUGGCGAUUUCACCAAACUAGCAUAUUUCAGUGAUAUAUGUGUUGGUGCAAUUGCAUGCCGGCUUGAGAAGAAGGAAGGUGGGGCUGUCCGUGUGUACAUCAUGACACUGGGAGUUUUAGCACCAUAUCGUGGGCUGGGCAUUGGUAAAAAGCUGUUGAACCAUUCUCUUGAUCUGAGCUCCAAGCAAAAUAUUUCUGAAAUUUACUUGCAUGUUCAGACAAACAAUGAGGACGCCAUAAACUUCUAUAAGAAAUUUGGGUUUGAAAUCACAGAAACCAUCCAGAAUUACUACACAAACAUCACCCCUCCAGACUGCUAUGUCCUUACCAAGUAUAUUACUCAGACAAAGAAAUAA